ACCGCCGGCUGCAGCAUCACCUGAUCCUCCCCGCACUCCGGGUGCGGCGUCCGGAGUGCCGAGCCGAGGAUGGGGCCGAUGCUAGACGACUGCCCGUUGCUGAGGUGUGGCUUACCGCCGAGGACGAUCGGCAAGAGAGCCGAUGCCAGCCAGCAGUGCAGAACCGACGCCGGCAUGCAACUGGCAGACAAAAUGCUCGGCACAACUUCAUGGCACGCUCGCUAGAGUUAUCGUCCAAAAGGGCUGACAAUCCUGGCAUAAGGCAUAUAAUUUGAUCCUGCGACAUCUUGUCAACUCAGCCAUCACAGAUGAGAGGAAAUAUAGCAUUUGCGUGUUAUCGUCACUCAGAUUGCUCACAAUGCAUUACCCAUCCACAUUCCCGCCUCUCAGCAUCCCCGACGAUGUUGAUCUCUGGUCGUUCCUCCUUGGGCACAAGAAUCGAGAUUUUCCUGUGACCAAGGAGAUCUUGACAUGCGGCGAGACAGGCCGCUCGUACAGUUGGGCCGACAUCCGCAGCGCAUCCAUUGAGUUUGGCAAGGGAUUGAAGGCACUCUGGGGAUGGAAGGAGGGGGAUGUGCUGGCUUUCUACACGCCCAACUCCAUCGAUACUCCCAUCCUCACCCUCGGUGCCCUCUGGGCAGGCGGGAUCGUCUCGCCUGCCAACCCGCUGUACACGGUCGACGAGCUGGCGUUCCAGCUGCGCGACUCGGGCGCCAAGGCCCUGGUCACGCAGCCAGCCUACCUGGCAACCGCGCUCUCUGCCGCGGAAAAGGCCGGCCUCGCCGCCGAGCGCGUCGUCCUGUUGGGCCCGCAGCGCGAUCCGUCGGGCCGCACCCGCCACUUCUCCAGCAUCAUCCGCAACGCCAGCGGCUGCACAGUACCAGGCAAAGAGGACUAUGCCAAGCCCCCCAUCCGGUGGCAGCCGCGCUCCGACCUCGCCUUCCUCGUCUACAGCUCGGGCACCACGGGCCUGCCCAAGGGCGUCGGGCUGACCCACUACAACAUGGUGGCCAACGUGCUGCAGGCGAGCUACGUGGAGGGCAGCCAGUGGCGCAGCCGCGGCGGGCCCGACGGGAAGGGCGACAAGCAGCUCGGGAUCCUGCCCUUCUUCCACAUCUACGGCCUCACCUGCGGCGUGCUGAUGUCGGUGUACGAAGGGUGGCAGCUGGUGGUGCUGGAGCGGUUCGACAUGGAGAAGGCGCUGCGGGCGAUCGAGACGUACCGGAUCACCUUUACGUAUGUGCCGCCGCCCGUCGUGCUCGCGUUCAGCAAGCACCCGGCGGUGGGACGGUAUGAUCUGAGUUCGCUGAAGGUGAUGCACUCGGGCGCGGCGCCCCUGACGAGGGAACUCACCGAGGCGGUGUGGAACCGGCUGCGCGUGCCGGUGAAGCAGGGGUUUGGCCUGUCCGAGACGAGCGCGGUGGUGUGUUGCCAGGUGGUGGAUGAGUGGGCGAAGUUCAUGGGGUCUGUUGGGAAGUUGAUGCCAAAUAUGGAGGCGAAGAUUGUGGGGGAUGAUGGAAAGGAGGUCGCGGAGGGAGAGGCCGGUGAGCUGUGGCUGAAGGGGCCCAAUGUCUUCCCCGGCUACUUCAAGAACCCAGAGCGCACCAAGGAGGCCUUCUCGUCGGACGGAUUCUUCAAAACGGGCGAUGUGUUUCGGCGAGACAAGCACGGUAACUUCUACUGCGUCGACCGUCUCAAGGAGCUGAUCAAGUACAAUGGCUACCCUGUUCCGCCGGCCGAGCUAGAAGGAGUCUUACUAGGGCACGAGGAAGUCGCAGAUGCCUGCGUGAUUGGCGUCGAGGACCACGCCAAUGCAACCGAAGUGCCGCGGGCAUAUGUCGUCCUCCGGGAAGGCGUGGAGGCGAGCGCGGCCAAGGUGCACGAGCUCGCAGAAUGGGUGGGAGCACAGGUGGCGCCACAUAAGAGGUUGCGCGGCGGCAUACGCUUCGUUGAUCAGGUCCCCAAGUCGCCCAGCGGCAAGGUCCUCAGGAGGGUGAUGCGAGAGCAAGCCAAGAAGGAGCAGCGGGCUUCAGGGGUAAAGUUGUAAACGCCUCUGAUCGUUGAAUCUGUUUGCGCAGAGGCUGAGUGCGGACUGUUAACGCCCCGAUAUCUACUGUAAUAUCUAGUACAUCUUUAGCCAUCCCGUCUAACGCCACAUAUAUGUACGUCCUUACCCUUCGUGCAGUAUGCACUUACAUACAGCCCCAACUAUUGCAUAUCUUACAUUCUUUUUCCUCUUCUUCUCCAGUUCUAUUACCCCAUCCUCUCAGCCUCUUCCAUCAACCGCUCGACACUGAACCUGCCAUCCCCCCUGCCAAACCACUCCAGCAACCUCCUCCUCUCCUCCGCCCUCUCCCUCGCCUUGUUAU